AUGAUUCAAGCCGACGAUACUUUCAUCAGUGAUGAUGAAGAAGAAUACUGCCCAUUAUGUGUGGAAGAAAUGGAUAUUUCUGACAAAAAUUUCAAGCCUUGUCCAUGUGGAUAUCAGAUUUGUCAAUUUUGUUAUAAUAACAUCAGACAGAAUCCGGAAUUGAAUGGAAGAUGUCCAGGUUGCAGAAGACUAUACGAUGAUGAAAGUGUAGAAUAUAAGACAGUAAGUGCAGAGGAGUACAAAUUAAUGCAAUUGAAAAAGGAGAAACGUGACCGUGAAAAGAAGCAGAAGGAAAAGGAAAAGAAAGAGAUGGAGAUGGUCAACAAGAAGCAUUUGGCAGGAUUGAGAGUAGUUCAAAAAAACUUGGUCUAUGUGACAGGAUUGAACCCCCCUUGUAAUCCCGAUGAUUUACACUCAGUUUUACGAUCAGACAAAUAUUUUGGACAAUAUGGUAAAAUCUCUAAGAUUGUCAUAAAUAAGAAAACUCCCACAACGCAAACAUCAACUCAUCAUCACCAAAAUCCCGGAUUGGUGGUUUAUGUGACUUUUACCAGAAAGGAGGAUGCCUUGAAAUGUAUUACAGAAUUGGAUGGGUCGUUAUGCGAUGGAAGAGUUUUGCGUGCUGCUCAUGGUACAACUAAAUAUUGCUCAUCAUAUUUAAGAGGCCAACCUUGUCCAAAUCCAAAUUGUAUGUUUUUACAUGAACCUGGUGAAGAAGCCGAUUCAUAUACCCGAAAAGACUUGUCUACACAACAAGGUAUCAAGAUGGGAAUGACAGCAAGAAGUCAUACAACCUCAUUUGGUGAAGAAUCUAGUAGUAGUGGCCAAACUAACCACACUGUUUCUGAUGAUGACCACCACGAAGUCCACAAAGAACAUUUGCCAUCCACAGCUCAUUGGGCAGCUCCUGGAACCACUUCUGGAAGCAAUUCUCCUUUGGUCAAUAAUAAUAUUCCAUUGGCAAAUUCAGCAGCAUUCCCUACAUUAGGUGAGAUCGCUCGUGAUCAAAAGCAACAACAGAAGAAAGAAAUUAAGCCUCGUUCAAAGACUACAAAAGCUAACAACGCUUUGGUUCCUGAUGAAUUGGAUUCAGGUGAUAAUUCAGUAUUCAAGUUUGUCGAAACAACUACUGAACAAUUAAGGGGUUUGGAAGAUAUAAGAAACAUACGCUUCAAGGGUUGCGAAAACGGGAAAGUAUUGCCUUUAUUUUCCUUUAAAGGUAACUUCCUGAAUGACACUCAACUUGAAGACGAAAAAGUCAUAGCACGUGAAGUAAUUGAGAGAUUUCUUUUGAGACCUAUAAAGAACUACCAUUUAGCAUAUCAAAACCACCCAAUUACGCAACAGCAAGCCAUAUUGCAACGCCAACAACAACAGCAACAGCAGCAGCAGCAGCAGCAGCAGCAGCAAACGCCAGCAUUACAGGUAGCUCAAUUACAACAAAACAAAAAUGACGAGCAGCAGAAACAGGCACAACAACAGCUUUUGCUACUCCAAUUGCAACAUCAACAACAACUCCAGCAACAGCAACAACGACAACUUCAACAGCAACAGCAACAACAUCAGCCACAUCAAUUGAAUAUAUUGAAAACUUCGGAUAGAGUAAACACCUCAACUCCACCUCCUCCUGGUUUGUUUGCUGGAAAAGAUGUUGCCACUUCCUCAGAUAUGCCAAAUACCGGAUCAGCUUUACCUUCGUCUAGUUCGCAAUUGUUAACUCAGUUGAUGAGUGGGAAAAGAUAA